AUGAACCAACACCAGCGCUAAUCAUGCAGCUACAGAAACAGCUGUCCGUAGUCGUCGCAUUGGCAGCAGGAGCGAUGGCACAGAGUUCGGUAACCACGCAGUCGACGCUCACGGCGUCGGGCACGGACAUCUCGAGCAUUGCGCCCUCGGGAAGCGUGCUCCCGCCCGGGUCGACGCUCAUCCCGACCUCGACAUCCUCGUCCUUCUCGUCGAUAUCGUCGAGCGUCGCGUCGAGCCUCAGCAGCGAGUUUUCGAGCGCCGGAAGCGCUGCGUCCUCCGCGAUCUCGAGGUCGGGGUCCGGCCGGCCGGCCAGCGCCACGAGCGGCGUUGCAUCCAGUUCCACCGCUCCGGCUACUGCUAGUUCUGGUUCGGCGAGCACGAGCGAUGCGGCGGCGCCGAGUCAGACGUCAAGCUUUGCUGAGAAGAACUUGGAGUCCGGGAUGCAUAUCGAAGUCGCCGCCGUGGUUGGGGCGGCUAUGGUGGUUUUGCUUGCAUGAAGGCAAAGGGACAGGACGUUAAUGUAUGAGUCUUUCGCGGCACCGUCACGGUGACGCAACC